GGGGUGGGAGAGGGGGGAGAGGGGGGAGAGGGGAGAGGAGUGAAACAUAGGUAUUAUAGAGGACGAGAAGGACAAAGUCCACUUCCCCCUUCCCCCUUAGGCCUUGUUGCACUCUCUUCCCGCACCUCUCAAACUAAGAGAUACGUGGCUCAUCAUGUACGCGAUGCGUAACUUCCGGUUUCUUCUCCCUCCUCUGAACUUCUAUACGUACUUCAUUAUCGUUCCCCUAGUUACAUCGGUAGUGUUUUAGGGUUCCCCCAACCCUAAAUUCAGCAUCUCGUAUGUCGACAGUCUAUUCUUGGUCACCUCCGCCAUGACGGAGGCUGGCCUCAACACCGUGAACCUCAGUCAGAUGACGACUUGGCAGCAAGUUCUUCUUUGGCUCCUGAUCAUCUUCGGCGGCUCCAUCUGGGUAUCUAUCUGGGCUGUCCUCGUUCGGAAAUGCGUCUUCGAGUCUCGCUUCAAGGAAAUCGUCCGCAAGGAGCGGAAGCGUCGUCUUGAGGGGAGAAACCCAACUCUCCUAUCCGUCAUCAGAAAGCUCAGAACCCUCGUGAGCAGGAAGUAAGUCCUCGAAGGAGAUCCCGCCUCCCUUUCAGACCGACCCUCGAGUAGCAGGAGGCAGCCUUCCGUCAUGUUUUCCUCAAGUCGAGAGGUGGACGACCCGGCCCUGGCCGAAGGGGGAAAUUCGAGUGUACUGGCAAGCGCCGAGCGCGUUUCGUUCGUCGAUGGCCUCCAGGCCAGGCUCAAGGCUACAACCGUCUUACCCAGCGACGUCUCAAUAGGGGGCAAUUUGGCGGAUGCGGACGCUGCAGCGCCCACAGAGGAAGAUUCGGAGGUGGGACGCAAGGGCGUCCGCGGGCUAACUAGGGAGGAACGAGAGAAGCUCGGCAGCACCGAGUAUCGCGCCCUCAAGCUUCUAUCCAUCAUCGUCCCCCUAUACUUCUUCCUCUGGCAAUUUAUCGGCUGCAUCUCUCUCGGGGCGUGGAUGGCUCACAACCUGCCGCAGCCUGCCAGGGACAACGCAAUUUCGCCAUGGUGGAAUGGGAUCUUUAACGGCGUGUCCGCUUUCAACAAAAGCGGUAUGAGCGUGUUGGAUCUAAACAUGAUCCCCUACGGAAGCUCAUAUUUCGUACUCAUCGUUAUGGGGGCAAUGAUCCUCGCUGGGAACACGGCGUAUCCUAUUUUAUUACGAUUAAUCCUAUGGUGUAAGUUAGGGUACCGCUCUACGGACCACCCCUUCACGGACCAGGCAUUUUGUAUGGGGUUUACAUACAAAAAGUUUAUUUUAAUAAAAGCCAUAAAAAAUCGGAAAAAAAUCGGAAAAAUCGGAAAUUUGAUUACGUAAUCAGCUUACUUAAUUCAAUUAACAUAUGGUUUUUUCGGGUUUUUUAGUCUGUAGGGUAGG